CGCGAUGGGGCGCCAAACAUAGACAACCAUGUCCUCGAUGCACAUAUUAAAGCCGAUUAGAAGGCUUCAAUGCCGUAUCGUCGUCAACUAUGCCGGACGUGUCAUUGCCCGUGGUAGGACUCGCCUCCAUCGUCGUCGAAUCAUCGCUUUAUGGGCUCUUCUUGGCUACAUUCCUUGCUUGUGAAUACGUACUUCUCCACAAGCGGACGGGCAGAUCUCGGGGGAUCAACCUCAGAUCCAAUGCCAAGUUACCUGUCCUCGCGAGCUCGAUCGUACUGUUCUUCCUCAUAACAAUGCACUGGGCCAUCGAUAUCUUCCGGCUGUUCAGGGCUUUCAUUGGCUCUGGCGCGACGGUGAACGGGCCUCUGCUUUUCUACGCUAAUCUCGGGGACAGAACCUACGUCGCCAAAACGGCGGUAUUCGCCAUCACGGGAGUGAUUGCGGAUGGCCUGAUCAUCUAUCGUCUCUACAUUAUAUGGAACAGGAAUUUGUGGAUAUGCAUUGCACCGAUCCUGUCCUUGCUCCCAAUGUUCGGGUGUUCCGUCGGGGUCCUAUAUCAUCUCUCCACCUUCAAGCUGGCUCCCGGCGGUAAUAUAUUCAUUGCUGCAUCUGGCUUCAAAGUGGCCUUUUACUCGGUGUGGUCCACUACCCUUGUAACAAACGUUCUUUGUACCGUCCUGAUUUCUCUACGAAUAUGGUCGACAACUCGAAAGGUUCGAAGCAUGGGAAGCAGCAACUUGACACCCAUGCUCAGCAUUCUCAUAGAAAGCGCCGCGCUAUACACAUUUUCGAUCGUCGCCAUACUGGCGAGCUACGGCGCCAAAUCCAACGGACAUUUCGUCGCUACUGACACGACGCCAGCCAUCAUCGGCAUCAGUUAUUGCCUGAUCAUAAUCCGCGUCGGACUUGGCAGAAGCUACGAACACAAGAACGACACCACGCUAAUGGUCUCCUCAUAUCGCGGUCACUCCUCCAACUCACGGGCAACUGGCUUGAGGGGGACAGACCACGCUAACAUAAUGCCUAUGGCACCAAUCGCCAUCAACAUACCCUCCGAGGUUGAUAUCGACCACAGGGAAGGCUCGACGUCCGAGAUUCGCAAA